GAGGGGACUGGUUAUGAAGCUCGGCGAAGAACAAAGGAGAGAACAAAGGCGCCUGAGUUUAUGUUGCUUUAGCCCGUCACGUGACAUUGACCGUGCACAUUCCAAAACAACAUGGCGGACGUGAACGAUCUCUUUUUAUUCGGAGACGAUUUCGAUGCCAUUAUUGAUAUACUAGAGGCUGAAGAAGUUGUGCAAGAGCAAUUUAGUGAAGCAGUAAAUGAGGUCCAAAACAGCCGACUAAUCUGCGACCUUUGCAAGAAAACGUACAAGAGCAAGGGAGGUCUGAAAAGGCACACAUCCCUAAAGCACCAAGAAGACUCUGCGAGACAGGAUGAAGAAAAAAGCGAGACUUUUACGGCUGAAAUCUUGGCAAAUAUGGUCGACGAAGUGAAGCUCAAACUCGCUGAUAACAAGGUUUUCCCAAAAGGCUUAAGGGACGAGCUUAGAUCGUAUGUUUUUGUAAAACUUGGGGAACAAACAUUGGAAUUCUGUGAACUCCGAAAGACUUAUGAAGGUUUAGUUAAAAAUGGAGAUGCUGAAAAGUUCUACACAAAGUUCUACUCAGCUGUGCCACUGAAUGCCAUGAAGUAUUUCGAGGGAUUGUCACGAAAUGCAGCUACACUGCUAUCUACCAAAGUUGCUGAUCGUAUGUUAUCAUACAGUAAAGAGAAGGCUGCUACGAGUACUCCUAAUUUAGAAGCUACAAAUGUUCCAUUAUUAGAGCAAGAAAUGGCUGGGCUGCAAUACCUUGGAGGUUAUGUGCUUCAUAAGUUACAUAACAAGCAUGUCAAUUCAAAGAUCUCUAAAUCAGCAGAAAGUGAACAAGCGAUUUCUUUACUGAAGGCUGGGAAAUGUAAAGAUGAGGCUGAAAAUGUUAAAGACACUCAGAAACUCAUUAACUGUUUGAAUCGUGGGGGUUUGUGGAGUAUCACAAAAAGUGCUCAAACAAUAUUUUUAAGAACAGAAAACUAUUUUAGGGCUGCCACAGCAAAGUCUGGCUUACAGAGUAUUGACAUCAACAGUAUCAUAAUGAAGUCUAUUAAUGAUGUUGCAACAGUUUCAGCAUACAACACAUUGGUGUCUGAUUCUGAACUGGUCAUCUGUAAGAAUGUUGGCAAGGACGUAUUACAAAAUAUUGUUAGCUUAUUUGUGAGAGUACGUUCCUUUUCUUUUGCCAAAGAUGUGAUACAGAAACAUAAAAUGAAAGCAAAGCAAGUUAAGGCUAAAGCACUUCGCAAGGAAAUCACGAGAGCCAGUAACGAUUGUGGAAAAGAAAGACAACCUUAGAUCAGUUUUAAAAUUUUUGAAUAAUAUUGAAUUGUUAAAGUUGCUGUUAUCUUACACGGCAUGUGUUGAAUGUAAAUACCCUAUCAUGAUGUAUAACAUAGUCAAUAACUAUGGACUGAUCAAGCACCAAAAUAAUUUAAUAUGACAAACACAGGUUUCAAGCUUUGGAUAUUUUAUUCUGAAUCUUCAAUAAUAUAUAUAUAUAUUUAACAGUUAUUACUGCUACCAUAUAAUGCAACUGGCAUGCUUGUUUCUUUAACAAUUACAAAGAGGCAUUGACCAUUCAAGUUAAACAAACCACUGAAUACUGCAAAUUAAGACUGAAUGCUAAUGCAAGUAUGAAAAUGCAAUAUUUUUGAGGCAAAAUUAUUGUUUCAGGCUUAAUAAUAUACCUGCAAAAAUGUCUGCAUGCUAAUUGGCUUAGAGCAUGUCAAAUAAUCCCAAACAGUGCAGAAAGUUGAAAUUGAGUGCAGAAAGUUGAAAUUAAAUUUUUGUAUGUAUAUUAUUAA